AUGGCAGCAGUGGUUACUCCAACAGUUGUAGGACAGAGCCUGACCCUGGACCCAGACUUUGGCUGGGUGCUGGUGGCGGCGGUGCUGAUGGCGUUCCAGUUGUGGACCGAGGGCAUCCCGGUCGGCCGCAUGCGCGGGAAGCUGUUCACGCGGGCCUUCUUCAAGCAGCACUUUCCCAACCUCGACCCCAACAAGGUCCCCGAGAACGGGUACCCGGAUAUGGGCAGCGGGCUCUACGCGUCGAAGCUGCCGCACGAUGACUGGGUGCGCUUCAACAACGCCCAGCGCGUCCACUACAACUACCUGGAGGGCAUCGCCCUCGUUCUUGUCGUCGAGUUGGUGGCGGGUCUGUUCUUUGCGCGCUAUGCGGCCCUCCUUGGGUUUGUCUACAUCGUCGGUCGCCUCAUCUAUGGCCUCGGCUACCGCUCCUCUGGUUCGCGGGGUCGCGUUCUUGGUGUGCUGCUUGUGGACCUUACGCUCCUCGCGCUGCUGUCGCUGGCCCUCUAUGGCUCCUUCACCUUCGCCGGCGGCCUCCCCGGCUUCUUCCGCCUCCUCGGCCUGUAG